AAACACCACCUCAAGAAGUCGGAUUUCAUAACAAAAGUUAAGACUUUAGAUAUGUUAUGUUCUUUGAAUGCGACAUCGUCACACGUGGUAUAAGCAAGCACUUUUAAGUGAAAAGAUCUCAGUUUCACACAAAAGAAAGUUCUCAUUUCUGGGUUUUGUUUCAUUUUCUCGGUUGAGGUCAGAUUCUUGAUUUUUGUUGUCAUCUUCGAAUUUGGCUUGGCUAAAAAAAAAAUUAGUGUCACUGGCUUGCUUUUGAUCUAGGGUGUCCAUUGCAAACAGGCUAUUGAACUUAUUUGGCUGAAAUUAUCUCAAGAAGCUCGUAAGGUUAAUAACUAUAAUACUAGAAGAUCAAACUCACACUUCUGAUUGAACGGAUAUAGAAACAUGGUUCAGAAACUAGAAGCUAUCAAAGGGGGUGGAGGAUCUAUCAGGGUGGGUACCACUGGAACCAUUGGUGAUCUGAUGACAAGGGAGAUGGAAUCAAUAAAACCAUCCCCACAAGCAUCAGCAUCUGGUCAAGGUAAGCCUAGAACUAUUCCUGUUUCGGGGCCCUGUAGUGCUACUACCCCUAGAAAACUACAAGCAAGAAAAUCAUUAGAUGAAGCAAGCAGCAGCGGCUGUCGCAGCAGCAUUGGUCAUAGAAGCCCUGAAACUACUCGGAAAGUGAAAAGCUUCAAUAAAAGCACCCAUCGAAUGCCAAUGCUUGGCUCUGAUAACAGUACUUUGGAUAGAACUCCUAGUAGGGAGAAAUCUGACAAGAAAGCAACUCAUAUUGUGGAAAUUGUGGACAUAAAAUGUGGGAACCCAGAUAGAGCAUGGGCUAACCCUAUAACAAAUAAACUGAAGAAGCUCGGUUUCUCAAAGUUAUCUGAGAGCAUUGACUAAGCUUGCAACUUCUUGACAUCAGAUUUCAGGUUUCUAUAACUGAAUCUUGAAAUCCCAUUUGGCCGACUGCUAUCAGACACUUCCACCAUA